CAGGCGGCGGCGGACAGUGGGCGGGGGCGGCCGGCCGGCCAGGGCCCCGAGGAGGCGGCGGCGGCGGCAGGAUGAUCAAGCUGUUCUCGCUGAAGCAGCAGAAGAAGGAGGAGGAGUCGGCGGGCGGCACCAAGGGCAGCAGCAAGAAGGCCUCGGCCGCGCAGCUCCGCAUCCAGAAAGACAUUAAUGAGCUCAACUUGCCCAAGACCUGCGAGAUUGACUUUUCUGACCAGGACGAUCUCCUCAACUUCAAGCUGGUCAUCUGCCCCGAUGAGGGCUUCUACAAGGCUGGCAAGUUUGUGUUUAGUUUUAAGGUUGGCCAGGGGUAUCCCCACGACCCACCCAAGGUGAAGUGUGAGACCAUGGUUUAUCAUCCUAACAUCGACCUCGAGGGCAAUGUCUGCCUUAACAUCCUCAGAGAGGACUGGAAACCAGUGCUAACGAUAAACUCCAUCAUCUACGGGCUGCAGUACCUGUUUUUGGAGCCCAACCCCGAGGACCCCCUGAAUAAGGAGGCAGCCGAGGUCCUGCAGAACAACCGGCGCCUCUUCGAGCAGAAUGUGCAGCGCUCCAUGCGCGGCGGCUACAUCGGCUCCACAUACUUCGAGCGCUGCCUCAAAUAGGGGGCGGACGGACGGACGGACGGACGGACGGACAGCCCCGCCUCCUGGGCCGGCCCUCCUCCUCCUCCGGGCCCCCUCCCCCCGGGCGGGGUGGGGGGCGGGGCGGGACGCCCCCGGCCCCUGGGCCACAUAUUUAUUGGGGGCCGGGGCCUCGCGCCGGAGUGGGAAUGAGGAGGGGUCUCCGGUUGCACCCUGCCCCCAGUUCUUAUUUUGGGUUUAGUUUUUUUUUCAACCACGUGAUUGAUGGGCGCCGCCCUCCCCCGCCCCCGUCGUCCGGAUCAGAGAAGGGAAAUGAAUUGGAUUGUCCCCGGACCCCGCCCCCAGUCCCACUCGAGUUUGUGUCAGGUUAUUAAAGGGGAAUGUUGAUGCAGUG